AUGGCUUUAGGUUGUUACUAUUUUCUGCUAGUUCUGGUUCUUUUGGAUACACAGGCAGCUCAGCCUUUCUGCCUGCCAGGAUGCAUCUGCUCAGAGGAGAGUGUUGGCAGGACUGUGAAGUGUAUGUCUAUUUCUUUGGGAAAGAUUCCAGGGAGCCUUCCUGAAGAGCUGAAGCAAAUGCGAAUUGAAAACACACCCUUGUAUGAACUUCCCCGAGGGUCUUUCAUCAACAUGAGCGCCUUGGAGUACCUUUGGCUCAACUUUAACAAUGUCACUGUGAUCCAUCUCGGAGCACUAGAUCACAUGCCAGAACUGAGAGAGCUGAGGCUGGAAGGGAACAAACUCCGUUCAGUACCAUGGACAGUCUUCCGUGCCACUCCGCUCCUAAGGGUCUUGGACCUCAAACACAACAGGAUUGAUUUCCUCCCUGAGGUAGCGCUUCAGUUCCUGGCCAACCUGACCUACCUUGAUCUUUCCUCCAAUAGGCUUACAGUUGUAUCCAAGAGUGUCUUCUUGAACUGGCCUGCCUACCAGAAACACCAGCAGCCUCACUGUGGGGUGGAAUUUCACUCCAGCAUGGUGCUGGCACUGCACAACAACCCCUGGGAGUGUGACUGUCGUCUAAGGGGGCUUGUCCAGUUUGUCAAGUCCAUUAGCUUCCCAAUUAUUCUAGUGAAUUCCUAUCUGAUAUGCCAGGGCCCUCUCUCUAAAGCAGGGAAGCUUUUUCAUGAGACUGAUCUUAGGAUUUGCAUGAAGCCACAGAUCUCAACCCCUAGUGCCAAUAUCACCAUUCAGGCAGGACAGAAUGUGACACUGCAGUGUUUUUCACAGGCCAGCCCCUCACCAUCCAUUGUGUGGGCAUAUCCCCUGAGCAUGUGGAGAGAAUUCGAUGUGUUGACUUCUUCUACUGGAGAAGAUGGUGCUCUGUCGCAGCUGGUCAUCCCUACUGCUCACCUGGUGGACAGUGGUAAUUAUACCUGUGUUGCUUCUAACUCCAUUGGCAGGAGCACCCUUGUCAUCUCCCUCCAUGUCCAGCCUGUUCAGGCCUUGCCUGCACCCAAUUCUCUAUCCAUCUCCUCAGAAGAUAGUGCCUAUGUGGACCUUCGUGUGGUCAAGCACACAGUGCGUGGGAUCUUGCUGGAGUGGCUUGCUGUGGCCAACACCCCUGAGGAGUGGAUCACCCUCUACAUCGCAUCUGAAGAGGCCCUCAGGAAGGAGGUCAUCCACAUGGGUCCAGGAAUCAACACAUAUGCUGUGGAUGACCUCCUGCCUGGCACAAAAUAUGAGGCAUGUCUAGGUCUGGGGAAUCAACCCCCACACCACAGCCAUUGUGUGGUCUUUGUGACAGGCAGAGAUAGUGGAGAGUUAGAGGCUCGUGAACGCCUCCUUCAUGUCACGGUGGUUCUGUGUGCUGUGCUCCUAGCAGUGCCUGUGGGUGUUUAUGUCUGGGCUGUGCAGGGUCCUUGCAGAGAGUGGGGCCUGCACUGCUAUCUUCAUCACAGAAAAGCUCCUAGGUGUCCCCAAACUGUCCCCCAAUACAAGGAUGACUCCUUUAAAGGCCAUCACACUGUCUGUGAGGAUGACAAGGGACACAGAGUUUUGGAAGAGAAUGAGGAAAAAGUAGAAGAAAAUAAGAUCUAA